AUUCAACCUAACUUUAACUGACAAACACGAAAUUGCAUGGGUUAGGAAUUUUGACAAAACCAAUCUAUGUUUUUUUCAAAACUUUAACAAUUAAAACAUGGCUGCUGUAAAAUUUGGAAAACAUUUGAAAGAGUUGAGAAUUCUCCUAUGCCAAACGUCCAAAUCUAGUCAAGGCGUUAGAGAUUUCAUCGAGCAACAGUAUGUGCCGUUGAAGAAAAACAAUCCAAGAUUUCCCGUUUUGGUUAGGGAGUGUUCGUCGAUCGAACCGAAACUGUACGCACGUUAUGAAUAUGGUGUAGAACGUUGUGUGCCUUUGUCAAAUCUGAAAUCUGAAGAGAUACUUGGGAGAAUUCGAGAGUUAGCAUCUCAAAAAUAAAUAUGUUUAUGUUAAAAAUAUGUAUCAUAAUAUGUAUAGUGUUUUAAUAAAAUAGUUAUAUCA